AACCAACCCACCAAGGCAAAAUCAACAUAAGAAAAUGAUCUGGUAAAAUAAAAUUCUAAGGGGAACUGCGGAUUUAGGCACAGUUUUGGUGAGCUGAACUGAGUUGAGUCGUUGUUAGUCAGAGUCAGAGAUGGUGAAGGCGAAGAUAGCGCCGUCGAUGCUUUCAUCGGACUUUUCUAAUUUGGCGUCGGAGGCGGAGAGGAUGCUCCGCUGCGGCGCCGAUUGGCUUCACAUGGACAUUAUGGACGGUCACUUUGUGCCGAACCUGACAAUUGGUGCUCCAGUUAUCGAGAGUCUCAGAAAGCACACAGAUGCUUAUUUGGAUUGCCACCUAAUGGUCACAAAUCCACUAGAUUACGUCGAACCAUUUGCGAAAGCUGGUGCUUCUGGUUUCACUUUUCACGUCGAAGUCUGUGAAGAUAAUUGGCAAGAACUCGUAAAAGAGAUCAAGUCAAAGGGCAUGAAGGCUGGUGUCUCCUUAAAGCCUGGAACCCCUGUUGAGAAAGUGUACCCACUGGUUGAAGCCAAAGAUCCUGUGGAGAUGGUACUUAUUAUGACCGUCGAACCUGGAUUUGGCGGGCAGAAGUUCAUGCCUGAAAUGAUGGAUAAGGUACGUGCUCUACGGACAAAGUACCCAUCACUUGAUAUAGAGGUGGAUGGUGGUUUAGGACCUUCAACUAUUGAUGUUGCCACAUCAGCAGGAGCAAACUGCAUUGUGGCCGGAAGUUCCGUUUUUGGAGCUCCGGAUCCUGCCCAAGUUAUAUCACUACUGAGGAAGAGUGUGGAAGAUUCCCAACCAGUUAGUUGAUACGAAGCAUACACGAACGAAGUAAUUGGUCACUCCUCAUCGUGUAUGUUUUUUUAUUAUAUUAUGAAUUGCAUUUGCGUCUUUUAUUUAUAAGGUUGUGAUCAAUUGCCGAUAAAGAUUGUAUCUUAAAUAAAUUAUUGGAACAUUGGUUUUUGGUAAGAAA